GCCAUAUUUGAUUCGCUGGCGGCAGGGGGUUUCUUUUUGGAGAAAGAGAAUUGUCGAGGUGUAAAUUUCGAUGGUGUUUCAUUAAUUUUGUGGUGGUAUUGUUGGAUUAUAUGUAAAAUAGAGAAGUAUCGGCUUUAAUUUGGAAAUUUCGUCAGAAUCUAAAGAAACAGUCCAGGAUGUCUGCUCACGAGCAAAUGAGGGCAAUGCUGGAUCAAUUGAUGGGCACAGGCCGAAAUGGUGAGAGUGACAGGCAUGGCGUUAAAUUCUAUGACGAUUCAGUCUGCAAAUCAUUCUUACUGCAAUGUUGUCCACAUGAAAUUUUAUCUUCUACGCGAAUGGACUUGGGUGAGUGUCCAAAAAUACAUGAUCUGGCUCUCCGUGCGGAUUUUGAGUUAGCAUCCAAAACCAAAGACUAUUUUUAUGACAUUGAUGCUACGGAACAUUUGGAGGCCUUUAUAGCGGAUUGCGAUCGUCGUACUGCAGCGGCCAAACAACGCCUUGCUGAAACUCAAGAGGAGCUCUCUGCUGAAGUGACCGAGAAGGCCAAUGCUGUCCAUGAACUUGCUGAGCAAAUUGGUCAGAAGCUGGCUCGGGCUGAGGCUCUUGGAGAAGAAGGAAUGGUUGAGGAGAGCAUGAAACUUAUGGGAGAGAUCGACGAAUUGCGCAAAAAGAAAGCAGUAGCAGAACAGGAAUACCGCAACUCUAUGCCUGCUUCUUCAUAUCAACAACAAAAAUUACGCGUUUGUGAAGUGUGCUCUGCAUACCUUGGAAUCCAUGACAAUGACAGGCGAUUGGCUGAUCAUUUUGGAGGAAAGUUACAUCUUGGAUUCAUAACGAUUCGGGAGAAGCUUGCUGAACUUAAGAAAACUGUAGACAAGCGUCGCGAAGAACGUGGGGCGAUCGAAAGAGAGCGUAGUAGUGGACGCCGCCAUUACGUCGGUGGACGCGAGCUCGACAGACGAGCGCGAAGACACAGGGAAACUGCAAGGGAACGAGAUCGCGAUCGCGGCGAGCGUGAGCGCGACCGCAAGAGCAAGGAUCGCGAUCGCGAGCGUGAUCGCGACCGGGAACGCAAGCGUAGUCGGUCACGAAGUAGGAGUAAGCGCGAGGGUUCUCGCGGUCGCGACCACUCGCGACGCAGUCGGUCGCAUCGCUCUACUUCGCGCGAACGUCGUCGCGAAUAGCUGUGCUAUUCCCAUACUUAUAAUGACAACGCCUUACUAUCAUCGUCACAUUGAAGUCGUGUUACAAUUAUAUUUGACUUUAGUGUUAGCGUAAUCACGUUCUCCACAAAACUUUACGCGAAACCUUGAAGUGCAACUUUCGAUAAUAAACUGUGUGUCGUUAAGUUUUGUGGAGUUUCGAGUUUGGUUUUAUAUUGCAGACGUUGGUAAGAGAACUACGGUAGAAGAAAUAAAACUGAACGUGAAUGAUAGGGAACUCUAUGAAAAACCAGUAGGAAUAUGCCGAAAUAACGAAGUAAUGUUUUCAUAAGGAUCUCUACUUGCUAUGUUAGGAUAUUACGGCAAGGUUCGCAGAAGUUUAUUUCUUGAUAUAAUUGCUAGAAGUAAGAUGAAAUAUGUUUUACGUCAAAGUGAUUCUACAGUAGCCAAGAAUGUUUAAGUCAAAUGUGACGAUAUACGAGUACGUUUUAGGAUAGUGAUAGAUAAACGAUGAUUUAUAAUUAGUUUUAGAAUGUUAGUUUAAUGGAAUUAGUCGAUAAAUCUCACAUGAGACGAGGAAUUUAAGAGUUGUUUGUUAGUUUUUAAUUUUCCUGAAAUGUAUAUUAUUUUAUUGCUGAUACUCGGGGACUAAAAGUUCUUUCUUAUGUGCGUACAUUUUGUGAAUACAAAAUUGAAUAGUUUCGCUCGCGCUAAAAUGUAUGUAAUGGUUAUUUCUAUUGGUCCCUGCUGAAUCGUUCGAAGGCGUGUUUUGCAUUGAUAAUGUCGACUUGUAAUGUUUUAAUGUGAUUUAGUCCUGCGCACAAACUAUUUUAGCAAUUAUUGUAUAGAGUGUGCUCAAUAAGUUAUCAUUUGAGAAAGGUAGCCGUCAUAAGAAGAUAAUGAAGUUGUGUAUGAGGACGAAAAUACCGAUGGAUAAACUAUG